UUUGGCUUUGAGGCAUAGGGUUGCCUUCGACCAUCACAAGAUCAAAUGAGCCACACUUCUAAAGAUACCUUCCCUUCAGGGCCAUUUUAAAAUCUUGAACUCAAACUUCAUGGCUAAGCUUACCACCAGCAUCUGCUUAUCUCAUCACCCCUCAACCUGACUUCACCACCUCACUUUUAGUCUCACUCAAACACAACCGAACAAUUCAGACCCUUAUUCUCAACAUCCAUUCAGCCCUACAACAGUAACAAACCCCCCAACGCAGCAAAAUGAGCGGCCAAUCCCCCCCCUCCCCCCUCCCAACCUACGUCUACAAGAUCAUCCCCUCCGCCCCGCCCUCCCCGAUCCCCGAUUUUUAUCCGCUCUCGGAUCUCGACCGGCAAGACGGGUUCGUGCACCUGAGCACCGCACGGCAGGUCCCCAUCACCUCCUCCCUCUUCUUCACCUCAUUCAAGUCCUUCCACAUCCUCAAACUCCGCCUCUCCAACUUCCCCCAAGAAAGCGUAAAAUGGGACGAAGUCCCCGGCACCAACGGCUGCCCCCAUCUCUACGGCAACUUUGGCGCCAAGGACGUUGUUGACAGCAAAGAAUUUGUCCGGGGAGAUGACCAAACCUGGGAGGAUGUCUUGAGGGGUGAUAGCUGGCUCGAAUAGAGCUCUUAGAUCACAUACACUCAACAAAUAUCAAACCCUCUUCCGCCCCCAAAUAGUUCAUAAAAAAUCAACGCUCUCAUUGAAACUCAUCUAAACCCAAACCCAAACCCAAACCCAAAACUCCAUUCCCCUUGUCACCGUACACCCUCUACCUCGUCC